UCUAUCCUUCUAAGAAUUUGGCACCAUAUUUCGUAAUAGAAAACAAGAUAAACAAAAAUACCUAACUUGCGCCUUCUCCUGUUGCUAAACCCUUCCUCUGUUUAUCCGUUCACAGCAAUUCCUCGCCAUUGUCUCUGCUAAAUACAAAGGCUUAAGUUAAUUAUUUGCUAAUUAGCUCUAUCUUUUUCUUUUUUUUUUCAAUGUCAAGAAAAAUGGGUGGAGGAGCUGCAGCUACACUACCGAAUGAUGUACCAUGGCGAGCUGCUUCUGGUUCAAAGCCAAUCCCCAAAAUUCAUUACUCCCCUAUUCUUCGUAUCCCUCAAAACCCUUAUUCCAGUUAUGCUCUCUCUGUUAUGAAGGAGCCAGAUCCAAUUGGAAGUGGAUUGGGGACGGAGGCUAUUGUAGAAGCUGCAGGUCCAGAUUGCAUUGUGCCAGGACAGAUUGCACCUAUUAAAUUACUUGGGCUUAAGGUAUGGCCCAUUGAAGUCGACCUGAAGUUUACGGAACCUAUUGGACGAGAACUUAAGUCGGUUGGGAAGUUUAUGGAUUCAGCAGUUAAUCUUAUGAACAAAUCUUUCAUUGAUCGCUAGUGUUUCCAUUGGACUGGCUGGUGUUCACCAGAGUCUACUAUCUACACGAGGCAUGUAAAAAAACUGGUGAAGUGGGUUAUAGAGAUCAAUUUUUCCAAUUAGCCCUGUUAAUGUCCCUCAUUUGGGACUUCAUUUGUACUUUAAUUGGUAGUUUGUUGUAUAUUACUUGAAGUUGUGGCAUUUUAGAAAUAAGUGAACUAUAUCUAUAAUCAUAUGAUAUGGAAUUUUAGUCCCAAAUUCAUGACCUGAACAAUGUCUAUUGAAUACACACUAUUGAUUUGUUAUUUCCAACUUUGGACUUUAAUCAUGGAUAAUGGAACUGAACGAUGAAAAUA